CGAAUCUUCAAUAGCUCUUCAGUCUUCUACAUCUUUCGAGUCUCGAAAUCUAGCCAUGACCGCGAAUCAGAAAAUUGGUGGAGAGUUUGGGGAAGUUAGGGCCAACAUCGACGUCGACUCUCUGACCGAGUAUCUGCUCCGCAACGUCAAGGUGCUGAGAGGACCUAUAGACGUGAAGCAGUUCAAGUUUGGACAGUCUAAUCCGACAUACUUCUUGACCGAUGCCAACAAUCUCAAACUUGUGUUGAGGAAGAAGCCUGCAGGGGGUCUGAUUUCGAAGACAGCUCAUCAAGUCGAGAGGGAAUACGCGAUGCUACGGGCUCUUCAUGCUCACAACACGAACUCCCGCACCCAACCCGUCCAACGCGUCCCUGUUCCCGAGCCCAUCAUUCUUUGCGAAGACAACGCCGUUAUUGGGACCCCGUUCUACGUGAUGGAAUUCGUCGAGGGUCGCAUCUUCACCGACAUGAGAAUGCCCGAAAUCGCACCCAAGGACCGGAAGGAGUGCUGGCUAUCUGCUGUCACGGCUCUCGCCGCGAUUGCCUCCGUGUCCCCUUCCGAUGUUGGGCUAGCAACAUUUGGGCCGUCGUCGGACUACUAUCCUCGGCAGAUGAAAUCACUGUCCAAAGUGUCCCAAGCUCAAGCAGUGAUCACCGACGUGGACACGAACAAGGCCGUUGGGCCCAUACCUUUCUUUGACGAGCUCAUGGCCUGGUAUCGCCAACACCUUCCUGACGAGAAGAAGAUGGGGCUGCGCAUCGUGCAUGGAGAUUACAAGUUGGACAAUCUCAUCUUCCACCCCACGGAGAAUCGGGUCAUUGCCAUUCUUGACUGGGAAUUGUGCACUCUGGGCAGCCCUCUCGCAGAUUUGGCCAACCUCACACAGCCAUGGAACGUGCGAACCAAGGACAUUCAGCUUGAUGCCUCGGAUCCCUUCAUGCGUGGAUUCAAAGACGAGCCGGAUGCAGCGCCCGUAACCCUAGAUGAACUGGAGCGAGAGUAUUGUCGAUUGACGAACCAGGCGUUUCCCAUCACAGAGAUGGUGUUUGUGCGCAGCUGGAUGCUCUUCCGGCUUGCUGUUAUUUCCCAAGGAAUUGCAGCCCGAGCUGCUCGGCGACAGGCGAGCUCAGAACGUGCCCACAUCCAUGCCGAAGGGUUCAAGAUAAUCGGAAAUUUGGCUCUCAUCGUGCUCCGAGAUAAUGGGAUCGAGCUUGGUGCUCGAUCACGACUCUGAGGACAAGUGUUAUACAGCAUGUAACAGAUCCUUUUAUCCCUUGGAGUGAUUUAGAUUGUCUUCUUUACGCGAUGUAGAAACACAUGAGAGGAUCCAGCUUUACUUUGUGGGCGUUAAUGGAAAGUUGUCCGAGCUUGUGAGGAUGCACGUUCUAUACUACUUAAAAAUUAUUUUAUCAAGAUUCACCAGUGAAAC